AUGGGUUUAUGAGACCAUGUUUGUUUAAUCGAUGAUUAUUUAGGGCUUUCUGGUGGUGAACGAUCUUAUGUGUCAGCUUGUUUUAUAAUGGCUCUUUGGGAAACAAUGGAAAUGCCCUUUCGAUGUAUGGACGAAUUCGAUGUUUUUCUUGAUAUGAAUAACCGAAAGAUCAUUAUGGAAUUGCUUUCCGAUUUGGCAACUCGACAAUAUCCAUCGCAUCAAUUUUUAUUUUUUACUCCUCAAGGUUUAUCCGAUUUUGCUCAACGUGAUCGCGUUAAAUUGUUUGAGAUGCCCAAAGCCAAAGACACAUAG